AUGCACUUCGCGAGUGUCUGCCGCCUCCGCCGGGGCCGGGUGCAGCCACGGGACACGCUCCCCCAGCGCCCCCUGCACAGGGCAGGCAGCGGGGCUCUCGCCGGGCUCUGCACGACUAGCAUGGACCAGCGACAGCGGCCACCAGAGAGGAGGCCUGCAGGACCUGCCACGCACCUGCAGCACAAGGAGGGGACACUGUGGGGGUUCUUUGCCAUCCUGUCACUGCUGGCUGGGCUGGCCACAGGCACCCUGCGAACGCCACACUGCAACGAGACGCUGGAUGCAGCCCCCACGCCACGGGGCAUGGCCACUGCCAGCCUGUCUGUGGAGGAUGGCGUGGAGGCACCACUUGCUGCUGCCUGGAGCCAGCUGUACGGGGACAACGCGACAACAGGUAGCCCAGGCACUGCAGAGCUGGCAGAGGACCUGCUGCUGCGUGCUGAGCGCUCACCGCCAGGUGCCAACAAAGCCAAAAAGGUGGCGGGGAAAUCCCAACGGCGCACCCGUGGGCGCAACUGCCACAUCCGCAACCUGAUGGUGAAGGUGCGUGACCUGGGCCUGGGCUUCAACUCGGACGAGAUCGUGCUCUUCAAGUACUGCAGCGGGUCCUGCCACCGGGCACGCAGCAACUAUGACCUGACGCUGGGCAGCCUGCUGCGGCAGCAGCUCAUCGCCCCGGGGCCGCAGGAGCGGGUCCUCAGCCACCCCUGCUGCCGACCCACCCGCUAUGAGGCUGUCUCCUUCAUGGAUGUGGAGAACACAUGGCAGACAGUGGAGAAGCUCUCAGCAGCUGAGUGCAGCUGUAUUGGCUGA